GCUGCAGUUAGGGGAGAGUCGUGCAGGAGAAGGGAAGGUCGAGGCGGAGAGACCGUUUCGCUCCUGGCCAGGGCUUCUUCCCUGGGACUCUGUCCUCCGCGUCAGAGCCAAGCAGAGAGGCGCUGGGCUGGCAGGCCGGGGCGCAUGUGCGUGCGCAUGCAGAGCCGGCUUUGCAAAAGGGGAGCGGAAUUGCAGGGGGGCGGGAAAGCGGAGGACGCCUCGGGAACACGAGGAGGAUGCCGCCGCCGCUACCGACCAGCGAGACUUUUUGCAAAGUUUGACCCGCUUCUGCAGUCGCCGGGUGUUAUUGCAGCAGCAGCAAUCGAAAGGCGGGCUGGGCGCCUGCCUGUUUAAUUCCCGCGGAGCCGCGCCGGACCUCACGGACCGUCUGCACACGUAGAGACAGAAGUCACCGAGCAAGCGGCAGGGGCGACCGAUGGAGCAGAGCCUCACGGCCGCCACUGCCACUGCUUCUGCGGAAGGGAGAUGAGCGCGCGGCUCGGGAUUCUUGCAAGCGCCUGCCUAGCGCGCCGGGCGCCCAUCCGUCGCCAAAAGACGCAAGGCGCAGAGCGGGCGGGGUGGGGGGUGGAGAGAGAUGGUUUUGCGCAAAAAUGCCAAGCAAACCAGCAAGACCCCCGCACGCGUGUUUGCACACACACGCACCACCCAAACCGUGUUAUCAUGCAUUUAUUUUUUAAUGCACCGGCGCGUCAAGUUGCUUCCGUGACAUCCAUGGGUGUGCAGGCCAAUUACUUGCAAAAGGAAAAAACACUCUCACAUAUUAUUAUUGUAUUUUUGUUUUAUUUUUUGCGAGAGGGGGAAAGGGCGAGGCUUCUGCAGCUGCAGUUUGGAGGGAUUUGUGAAUGACAUUUGGAGGAUUUUCUGUUUUGGCUCGUUACAGCUGCGUUGGGAUAUUUUUUUAAAAAAGGAAAUAAAUAAAAGGCAUCUCUCUCAUACACACCCGCACAACACAGACAAGCACCCCAUCUAGCCUCGUGGAAGGCUCAUUAUCGCUGCGUUGGGAUAUUUUAAAAAAAUGAAAUAAAGGCAUCCAACAAAUUAACUCUCCUUCCAAUAAACCGAAAUCUCUCCGCAUGCAGUUCCAAUGAUCUGUUAGACGAGGGGGGGCGCAGGGGAGAGAAAAGGGCUCUCCGAAAUCCAUAAAUUUAAAAAAGGCCGGCUGGGGAUGCCAAACGGAGGCGAGGGCGCUUUUUAGGCAUUCCCAGGACCCCCCACCCCUCCCCGCAGCGUCCAGUUUGCGCCGCCGUGGCGGCUCGCCUCCUUUCCGCGCCUGCCUUCGCCUUGGGGCGAGAGGGGCUCUCUGUCUCUCCUUGGCCGCGGCCGGGCAUGGCUGGCAAAAGGAUCCCUUUCGGGUGACUGGCGGCGGCGGCGGCGGCGGCGCCGGCUUCCAAGGAGGAGGGGUGGAAAGGUGGCGGAGGAAGAGGAAGGCGCAAAGCUGCAGCGAAGAGCUAAGGACGGCUGCGGGCGAGGCGAGGAGGAGGAAGAGGAGAGGCGAGCGGCGGCGAGAGCAGCGUGAUCAUCCGCUGCAACAUUGCAGAGAGAGAGGCGGGGGGGGGAUCGAAGAGAUCGCGGUUGGAGGAGGAGGGCAGGGAAGCCCGUGCAUGGCCGGCUUAGCAGGGGGUUCCCCCCCCUCCGGCAGGCCGCCGCUGCGCAUCGCUCAGGGGAAGUUUUGAAUGACUUGAAGUCAGGAAGGGAAGUGAAAACUCCAUGCGAGGAGAGGCGAAAAGGGAUGGAUUUAUUAUUCAUGUAGACUGUCAGCUUCCUGCUUUAAAAGGAUUUUUUUUGGAAAAUCCAAAGAAAUCUAUAAAAAGGGAAUACAAGGCCAGCUUGCGUUGCAAGAGUAAAUAACGGACUGCAUUUUGAAGAAAGGGCUGGAGAGGAUUCCUUCAAGAAACCGAACAAAACCAAGAUAUAAUUAUUUGCCGAACUCCACGUCUGUUUUAUACACAGUUUUGCCCCCUUAUCCAAAAGAAUAUUUAACAGACUUUUGCCUGCCAUUGCACGGAGUUUUACGUACGCAAAAGGACCACUUACAAAGUAAGUGCCGCUAAAUCUGUUAUUCCAGCAAAUACAGGGAUCCAAAUUAAAUUUAUAUCUAUAAAAAAGCCACAGCGUAACUUUUCCAACGAUGAAUCUUCUAUCCUAUGGAUAUCGGUUUUGAGAUAACAGAUGAAGAGGAUUGCUGGCGCAUUUUGGGAAUUGUGCUGGUACUGUGGGCCAUGGGCUGCAUUCAGAGCAUUAGCUGCAAAUCAAAAGGGUUUCGGGAAAGUAUCACUGUCAUUGAAGUGAAGGCCUCGAUUGACCCCGUCCCCACCAACAUUGACGAGUCCUCCAGUGUGGUUCUGAGAUACCGGACCCCGCACUUCCGGGCAUGCGCUCAGGUGUUGGUGCCUCCUCUUCCCAAGAAAGAGACCUGGAUCGUGGGCUGGAUCCAGGCCUGUAGUCACAUGGAGUUCUACAACCACUACGGGGAACACGGAAUGUCAAGCUGGGAACUCCCAGACCUCCUUGAGGGCAAGAUCCAAGCGAUCAGCGACUCUGACGGUGUCAAUUACCCCUGGUACGGGAACACCACAGAAACCUGCACCAUCGUGGGCCCCACCAAGAAAGAAGCAAAGUUCAGCGUCAGCAUGAACGACAACUUCUACCCCAGCGUCACCUGGGCUGUCCCCGUGAGCGACAGCAACGUGGCCAAGCUGACGGGCAUCCACCGGGACCAGAGUUUCACGACUUGGCUGGUGGCGACCAACACAGCCACCGGUGAGAUGGUCAUCCUGCAGACAAUCAAGUGGCGGAUGAAGCUAGGCAUUGCGGUGACCCCCAACAAACCUUUGGGGCACCGGGCCAAGCUGAAGGAGCCCUCAGCCCAGGAGCAGCCGCACGUCCUAAGCAAGAAUGAGCCAAUACCCCCUAGCGCUCUGGUGAAGCCCAACGCCAACGACGCCCAGGUACUCAUGUGGCGCCCGAAGGGAGGGCACCCUCUCGUGGUGAUACCUCCAAAGCAUCGGUAAUGAUACUCCUUCCCCUAGCGUUCCAGCCACGCGGGAUGGAUUGAGAGGCGUGGGGGGUGGCAGAGGAAGGGGAAGGGGGGAAAACCACUUCAUAUUUAAGAAAACAUAUAUUUAAGCAAAACCAGAGAUGCACUUUUUAAAACUCAUUUGGCAGAAAAGAAAAAAUAAUAAUAAGGAUAACAAUGCAACCAUUCUACCUUUUCCUGUCGGAACGGGUUUCACUGUGCUACACAAGCUGAAAAGGAAGGACUCCCUCCCGAGAGUAUGGCGAGGAAGGGACGUAUGGGGGGUGGGGAGGAAGAGGUUUGUCAUCAGACAGCCUUGGACUUCUAAAGGAGCAAAGAAGAGAACAUACAUGCACUCGAUUUCCAGCUUUUUUCGAAAAAAAGUUAACUUUUCUGUUGUUUCAAGUUCCAUCUCAUCAACUUAGCUUGGAUCACCUGAGAGAGAAAGCAAACUUUUUUAAAAAAUAUAUAUGGGAAAUCUGAUUUCGAAUUGCGGGGAGGAAGCAAGAAAAUUCAUUUAUUGGUUGGGAGGGAGAGUGGAUGAUUUUUAUUUAUUUUAUUUUUUUCCUGGAUGACGGUAGACAAUAAUGAUGGGUGGGUGGAUUUUUUUUUGUUCGUUUUGUUUCGGAAAAAAUUGCAAACCCAAGUCAUGCGGCCUUAUGUAGACGUCACUUUGCAUUGCCAAACCUUUGCCUUAAGCUGCAUUUUUUUCAAAAAAGCAGGGAGGGGAAAAGAAAGGAAGCACUUUUUCUUACUGGAUAUUAGAGAGGAGGAUGUUUUGCUCUGGAAUGAAAAGGAAUUGUCAGGUUUUAGUUGCUGGAGAAGGCUGCCCCCCCCCCCGCUUUUAAAACAGACUGAAACUACACUGGUACCGCUCAUCUCAGGAUGGAGAUGUAGUGAAGGAAACUGCACCUGUUUAACUUCUGCCUGUUUGCAGCUGUUAGCAAUGCAGAGACCCUGCUUGCUUCCACAUUGGCCUCCCUCUCCCCCCGGAAUUGCCAUCCUAUGUUUACCCAAUUUGUACAGAAAAUCCAAAUGUCAGCUUACAAAUUGUUGCAUUCCAGUGUUUUUUGGGGGGGUUGUAUCUAAUGCUUGUGCUACUCAGACUAGACCCACUGAAGACAAUGGGCAUGAAUAGCUUAAGUCCAUUCAUUACAGUGGGUCUACUCUGAGUAGAACUUGACUGAAUACAACCCUCUGUGUUUAUCUUUUUCAGAUCUGAUUUGUGGUGACUUUUUGUUGUUGGUAAUUUGAGAUAAUUGUUUUUUAGGCUUUACAGGGCUCCUGUUCCUUGAAUUAAAAACUUCCUUUUUGCAGGUUCAGCCCAUUUUAUUGCUUCCUGUUCAGUGCAGCAGAGGGAUUAGUGAUAAGCAAGUCUCAAUUGCCCAAAGAUUAUCAUCAUUGUCCAGUUGUCAGUUUCCAUGAGCAGAGAGGCUUUAAAGUAUCAUUAUCUCUCUUCCCCCCCUUUUUUUAUUUACGUAGAGCAAAAUAGGCAGUACUAUAUUUCCACAUAAAAAUGGUAAGAAAAUAACUCUCCCUGUAAAUAGGAACAGAAACUGACAGUACUGGGCACUUAAGAGCCACUGUUAUCUAACUGCAUUCAGCAGGAAGUAACAGAAUGGGCCAAACCUGCAAACAGGAAGCUGUAGGGCCCUUUGUUCACCAAGGGGUUUAGUUUAAACUUUAAAAGGGGGGCAGGGGAGGUGGCCACUUUUUCAGCUCAACUUGCAAAAUGCUAAACUGCACCCUCUUCCAUUUUCUUGAAAUUCAUGGUUAUCUAGUAGCAACGCGUUUUGCACUGGCAGAUUGCCACUUGCUUGUUGCUGUCGCUGGAUCGGCCCCUGCUGCUGGUGCAAUAGGAUUCGCACUUGACGGAGAGUAAGUUGGUUUUAAAUCAGUGUCGGAAAAGCCUGCAGUCACUCAUCCACUCUGCAGGGGUAGAAAGAGAUGAUGCGAACAGCUCACAAGUAAGAGUUUACCUGGUUUUGGCUUCUCCGGAAGAAAUAUUUGGCUAUUGACUCAUUUUGAAAAGACAAACGUCCUUCCGUAACUCAACUCAGGGGGAUUUGGGAUAGUUCCCACCACCCUCACUCCUCAAUACAGGGGUAAAACAGGAGUGAUUUACUUCCAAUUGAAGCCAUCCCCCCCCCCCAAAACAAGACAGAAUUGAAGUACUUUUCUUGAUGGCAAUUAGAAGCGGGUGUUAACAACUGCUGUUUGAAUCUGCCAUGUUCAACACCUAUCCAUAGACACAUAUAAAAACUUGUGUGAGAUCCGGCCCCUUGUCCUGAAAAACUGCAAAUUCAGUUCGACACAUCAGAGGCUGUAGCUGAGUGCAGUGGGGAGGGAGAAGUGACUCAAUCCAUCCGACGAUUCCUACCAACUGUGUUUUUGUUUUUAAAAAAGCCAGUCAGUCCAAAAGCUUGUCCUCAGUCAGCCAAAUCCCAGCUUCUGUAUGAUCUGUAAUCAAGCCAAUGAAAUUAGCUGCUACUUUUGAAGGUCAGAGUGAUACGGCACCAAAUGAGCAUACAGGAUACUAUUCAGGAUCCACAAGUCACUCGAGCUGCUGUCCCUGCACAGAAAACCUUACAAUUGUUCGCAAAACACACAGAACAGUUUGACCAAGAAUCCUGAGAGGGUUGCGAGGGGAAUGCCGAUCUCAGGCAAAGGUUCCCGUCCACCUUGGAUGAAGUUGGAAGGAGACUUCCUCAUGGAGCUACAUCCUUAACAAACUACAGUUUCCCAGGAUUCUUUGGGGGAAGCCAUGACUGUUAAAAAGCAUCAUAAAGAGUGCUUUAAAAUAGGCUCAGGCACUGAGGAGAGCUCUGAUGUUGCUUCAGCAAGCAGCGAACGGAGACUAAGCCUUAUAUAGUAGCAGCUGCUGCAUCCCUCUGGCUAGCCCCGCCCUCGCUGGGAGGAGCCUCUUCAGUUAAAGGGCCCCAUCCCGCGCCAUCAGUCUCCUAUUCCAACAGAGUCAGAGAAGCUCUGGUCUCACCGUGGCCUCCAAGAUGCGAGUUCGAGCCUGAGGAUGGCAGCGCUGCCUCCUCAGGGCAGGGCACAGGCACCCCAUUGCUCAUGUGGUGGAAGUGCUUCUGAAACUGGCCUCGCCAGAGUCCUCGCCCUCAUCCCUCGAAGGUGAAUAUGACUCCAGAGUCACGACACCGGGUAGCCUUCCCAAGAAAUUGAUGGAGAAUGUUAGGAAGCACCAGGUGGAACACAGCUGCAUAGGAAACUACCUUUCAGCAGAGUCCAGACCAUUGGGCCCAUCUACGUCAGUAUUGUCUACACUGACUGGCAGCAGCUCUCGGGGAUUUCACGCAGGAGGAUCUUUCCCAGUCAUCCCUGGAGAUGCCAGGGAUGGAAUCUGGGGCGUUCUGCAGGCGGAGCCGAUGCUCUACCACUGAACUAAGGCUCUCUCCCUAAAUAUAAAGUAAGAUUCCAGUCCUCAUGGUUCUGAACAGCUAAUUUACACAGGCUCCACCACUGAGCUACGGCUCUUUCCAUAACGUUUGGAGAGGAAGCUGGCCCUUAGCCUUCUCUCAAAGUGGCUUCCCAGUCAUUCUAUUCUGUUUGAUCUGUUAAGAAAAAUUGGAAAGAAAACAGACUCCCCCUUAAGGUUCCUAUUCAGCUGUUUUCCCAACACUGCUGCUUUAAGGAGGGGGGAAGAAAACUGUCAAGGGCAGGCUUGAUCCAACACAAAAAGGGUGGCAUCUGGAAAUGACAGGUGUCGGCAUUGAUGGGGGUUACCGACUGGCUGAAGCACCAAAAGGGACGCAUUUCCCCGAUGAUGGACAGCUGCAGAGUGAGCUGGGCCCUUGAGAUCAAGGGAACCUAUGAAAGAUCGGGGCCCAGACAGCGGAAAGUUGGGGAUGGAGAGACGAGAGGAGCAUGUGAGAUGCAGGGGUGGGUUGCUGAAAGAAGCGCUCGAGAUUCAUGCUAAGAACAGGUGGCCCAGAUGCUCUUUCCUUAGAAGCCCUGCUGGAUCAGGCCAGCAGCCCAUCUGGUGCAGCCUCACAGUGGCCGACCAGGUGUCCCAGUGGGAAGCCCGCAAGGAGCACAACAGCACUCUCCCACUGUUGUUCCCCAACAAAUGGCAUUCAAUGAUAGACUGCCUCUGGGUGUGGAGGUUCCAUUCUCAGCUGUCAGGGCUAAGAUGAGCCCUGCUGGGUCAGGCCAUCGGCCCGCCGAGUCCAGCCUCCUGUUCUCACAGGGGUCAACCAGAUGCCCGUGGGUGGGAAGGCCGCAAGCACAGCCGGAGCGCAGAGGGCACUCUCCCCUCCUGCAGUUUCCAGCAACUGGUGUUUGGAAGCAUCCUGCCUCUGACUACAGCAGCAGAGCAGAGCCAUUGUUGCUAGUAGCCACUGAGAGCCUUAUCCUCCCAUGUAGUCAACCGUCUGGCUCCUCUGCAGUAACCAACCAACGGCUUUUGGCAAGCCAGAAAGCGAGAGAUGAAGCUGAUGUGACUAUUCCCAGUAUGUUGGUUCUCUGUCACUACUCCCAGAGCCCGCUUUCAGAACACUAAACUUAGGCAGAUCUUAAGACUCGCCAAGAAAGGCAAUGUCUAUCCCUGGUGACCAGCACCGCAUAUACUGACAUCUGUGCCUGAUCUCGUGCCAUUGUUUAAAAUUAUAAGCACCCCCCCCAAACAACACAGGGGUAUUAUCUCAAAAUGCACAUUUCAAUGCAGUUUGCACUCUCAAAACAUUUUGUUGUUACAUGCCUUCAAGUCGAUUAUGACUUAUGGCGACCCUAUGAAUCUUUUUUUAGAAAUAUUAUUAUUAUUAUUAAAUUUUAUUUAUACCCCGCCUUUCCACCAAAGGCCCUCAAGGCAGCUUACAAAGAAAAAUAAACACAGGUAUAAAAAUACAAUAAAAGCAAUACAAUUUACAAAAAUUAAAUAACAAUCAUUAUCGGCACCGCCAAGAAGGAGGAGGUGGUGUUAUUCAUAGGGUAUUCAUGGUAAGAUGUAUUCAGAGGUGGUUCACUAUUGCCUUCCUCUAAGCCUAUGGCACCCGGUAUUCCGAGGCGGUCUCCCAUCCAAGUGCUAACCAGGCCUGACCCUGCUUAGCUUCCGAGAUCAGGCGAGAUCGAGGGUGUUCAGGGUAAUAUGGCCAUAGGCUUGUGUAUUUGGGUACAUGUGAAAUAACCAAGAAUUGCAUUGCAGCAUCUGGCAUGGUGGAUACUUUUCCUGUGUUUGUCAGAGAGGUACGGAUGGGGUUAGACAGACGUUUGCAGAGAGAUUGAAUCCUUCAUGCCUCUCCCCCUCACAUACACAAAAUCUGUAGUUUGCUAAAGAGCAGAAUGGUUGCUUCUGUUAACCCACAUUGUGGCGAGUAACUGUUGCGCUCAGGUCGUGCUCGUGGGCUUCCCACUGGGGUAUCUGGUGAACCACUGGAAGAGCAGGAUGCUAGACUAGAUGGGCCUUUGUCAUGAUCCAGCAGUCAGGCUCUUCUGAUGCUCAAUUAAAACAAGGAUGUUGUUAGACUCUAUAUUCCCAUCAGCCCCAGCCAGCAUAGCUAAGGAUCAGGGAUGAUGUGAGUUAUGGUCCAGCAACAUCCAGAGGCCCAUGGCUCCAUGCACACCACACAUUCAGAGCACAUUAUUUGCACCCAAAGCAUCCUGAGAUCUGUAGGUUUGAAAGAGUGCUGGGAAUUGUCUGAGAGGGGGUAAAUGACAGCUCCCAAGAUCCUUUGCAUGGCAGACUGUGCUUUAAAUGUAUGGGACGUAUGCAGCCCACAGAGAACUUAGUGACGCAAACCAUCACCUCUCUGCAACCGCCUCUUAGCGCUUUGCAGUGUUGAGCUGGUGUUGCGAGGCGUUAAUAAGGAUCAGAGUCAGAACACCUAAGUGAAAACAGAUGCGAAGAGUGACUGAAAGAGGAUCCACUCCAUCUUCAACCCUCCCAGCCAGGGUAAUGUACUAGGAGACAGGCCUCAUCCAUACGCGUACCCAAAAUAACACCCAUCUCUCUCUCUCUCUCGCACUACUCUACUGUGACCGAAGCCUUUUGAUUGGGGACUGUCAGCUGUUCAAACAAAUGCACCAGUUUGAACAGUUCCAGUUCACACCCAAAACAAGACCAAAGGAGACAGUCUUGGAGAAGGUCUUGGCUAUGAAAAAAGGGAGGUGGCCUGUCGCACCUGUAAGGAGGGAGGAAAAGAGGGAGGGUUGCCCUAGCCCCUUCCCCCUGCAACGUUGUGCCUGGCUUUGAGUUGCAGCAAUAAGAAAUGUUGCUUGGUCUUUGCAAAAAUACUGUGAAAAUAUUUGGGGGGUGAGAAAUGUACCAAACUUGGACACUUAAAAACAACAAAAAAGGUAUUACAAAUAUAAAAACUUUUGCUUUUUUAAAAAAUAAAUUUUUUAAAAAAAGAAUCA